UUCAGUAUGCAUCUCAUUUUCGUAAGAACUAAUCCUUAUUAUUGUUGCAUAAUCAAAGUGUACACAUACAAUGGAUUGCAUGAGAAUCCAAAGCACCUUGUCUCACAGCCACAGUAAGAAUUGGAAAUAUGAUGUGUUUGUGAGUUUCAGAGGCGAUACUCGCUUCAACUUCACCGAUCAUCUUUGUGCUGCUCUCCGCAGACACGGCAUACUUGCCUUUAGGGAUGAUACUAGGCUCGAGAAAGGAGGACCUAUAUCAGCAGGUCUUCUGCAAGCUAUUGAAGGAUCACAGGUUCUGAUUGUUGUCUUCUCUAUGAACUAUGCUUCUUCCAAAUGGUGCUUGCAAGAACUCGCAAAGAUAGCUGAUUGCAUAAACAUACCGGGACACCGUGUUCUGCCUGUUUUCUGUGAUGUGAGUCCAUCUGAGGUGAGAAAGCAAAGUGGAAAUUACGAAAAAGCCUUUGUGGAACACGAAGAAAGAUUCAAAAAAGAUGCAGAGAUGAUGGAGCAAGUGCGAAGAUGGAGGGCAGCUCUAACACAAGUAGCCAGUCUCUCUGGCUGGGAUCUCAAGGAUAAGUCACAUUCUGCUGAAAUUGAAAAAAUUGUCAAAACAGUGACCAAGAUAUUGGGUCCCAGAUCAUCAUCAAGUCUAUCUAAUGAUAUAGUUGGGAUGGAGUUCCCUCUACAAAAACUAGGAAAGCUUCUAGUUUUGGACUCAGAUGAUGAUGUUCGAGUUGUAGGGAUUUGUGGAAUGGGUGGUAUAGGAAAAACAACUCUUGCUAGCAGAUUAUAUGAAAAAAUCUCUUAUCAGUAUGAUGUUUCAUGCUUUAUGGAUGAUGUAAGUAAAACAUAUAGAGAUUGUGGUUCACUUGGUAUGAAAAAGCAGCUUCUUUGUCCAGCUUUCAUGGAAGAAGAUUCUCUAAUAUGCAAUAUUUUAAUGGCAGAUAAUUUGAUUGAAAAUAUGUUACACGAUAGAAAGGUUCUGAUAGUUUUGGAUAAUGUUGAUCAGAGAAUUCAGUUGGAGAAGUUGGCUUUAAAACGGGAAUGGUUAGGUAGAGGGAGUAGAAUAAUCAUAGUUUCUAGAGAUGAGCAUAUAUUGACAGAGUAUGGAGCGGAUGAAGUUUUCAAAGUUCCGCUCUUAAAUGAUGAGAAUGCUCUCCAAUUGUUUUGCAGAAAAGCUUUCAAAUGUAAUCAUGUUGCAAAAGAUUAUGAAGGCCUCACAGAUUCUGCAUUAGCAUAUGCUAAUGGACUUCCUUUAGCAAUUAAAGUAUUGGGCUCAUUUUUGUUUGGGCGAGAUGUCUCUGAAUGGAGUAGUGCAUUGGUUAGACUAAAAGAAACUCCAACAAAAGAUAUUAUGGAUGUGCUUCGAAUCAGUUUUGAUGGACUUGAGGAUCCGGAAAAAGAAAUAUUUCUUGAUAUUGCCUGUUUUUUUCCCAAUGACAUUGAAAACUAUGUAAAAGAUAUUUUACGUAUUCGAGGAUUCCAUCCUGAUAAUGGUAUAAAAGUUCUCAUUGAAAAAUCACUCAUAACCCGUGAUCGGUGGAAGAUCACUAUGCACGAUUUGUUGAGAGACUUGGGAAGAAGUAUUGUUCGAGAAAAAUCACCCAAAAAACCGAGAAAGUGGAGCAGGUUAUGGAAUCAUAAGGAUCUAAGCAAUGUCUUGCGAGAAAACAAGCCAGCAGAGAAUGUUGAAGCCAUAGUUUUGCCAACAAAUGAUGAAAUAAGAGAAGAGUUGUCACUAAAAGCUUUAUCAAAAAUGAGUCGCCUAAAGUUACUCAAACUUGGCCAAGUGAAAGUGAAUUUCUCAGGCAAGCUGCAUUUUCUUUCUAAUGAGUUGGGAUAUCUUUCUUGGAAAGAAUAUCCUUUCACAUGUUUGCCAUCAAGAUUUCAACCAACUCAACUCGUUAAAUUAAUCCUACGUUAUAGUAACGUCAAAGAACUCUGGAAGGGAAUAAAGGAUCUACAUAAAUUGACACAUUUAGAGCUAUGUUAUUCCAAAAGUCUCGAAAAGAUACCAAAUUUAUCUCAGGCUCCAAAUCUUUCGCACAUAAAUCUUAAAGGAUGUGUGAAACUUGUUCACCUUGAUAAAUCCAUUGGUGCUCUAGAAAAGCUUAGUUUCUUGAAUCUGGCAAACUGCAAAAGUCUUGUUAGUAUUCCGAGCAAUGUAUUUGGUCUUAGAUCUCUUUGUGAUUUAAAUUUAUCUGGCUGUUCGAAAUUAAUUGGAUAUCGGUUGUUAGAGAAACCAAAAGAAAACGAGCAAAGUGUGGCAUCCUCCAUAUGCAAAGCUCUUACAAGGCCUCUCAAUUUUUCGUCUUCUAGAAGGCGUGCCGAUUCAGUUGGUUUAUUGGUGCCUUCUUUGUCUCAUUUCCCUUUGGUAACUCUUGACAUAAGUUUUUGUAAUCUAGUUGAGAUCCCGGAUGCUAUUGGACUGUUACAUUGUUUAGAAGAUUUAAACAUAGGGGGAAACAAUAUUGUUACGCUACCUCAUUCCAUCAAUGAACUUCCCAAGCUAAGGCAGUUGAACUUGCAGUACUGUAAGCAACUAAAGUGGUUGCCAAGUACCCUUUUGCCCAUAGGAGAAGGUAGCCAUGGAAGACUUUACUAUGGAGGAAUAUUUGUGUUCAACUGCCCUAAUUUGAGUGACACAGAAAGUUGUGGUGUCACAGUUAUUUCAUGGAUGAUAAAAAUGAUUCAGGUGAACAUGCAAUCUUCUUCACCUAGAUGCGUCAUUCAAGUUGUUAUUCCAGGAACUGAAAUUCCAAGGUGGUUCAACAAUCAGAAUGAGGGUAGUUCAAUGAAGCUGGAUCCAUCUCCUAUUCUGAAUGACAAUAAUUGGAUUAUUGGCAUUGCAUGUUGUGUGACAUUUGUUGUACAUGAUACUCCAACUCAAUUGCCUGAAGAACCGAAAUAUCCUGGUGAUCUUGGAUGCGGUUUUCGUCUUCGGUCUGGGGGAAGUUAUUUUGCGGUUCCAAUACGUCUUAAGAAAGAUUUGAUCACAACUGAAUUAGAUCAUAUGUUGCUAAUAUUUUUCUCCCGGGACAGGAUCAUUGAUCAUUAUACAAGUCAUUUAAAAGAGGGAAGAUGUGAUCUUGAUGGUAUUGAAUUGGCCACCUUGAGUGAAUAUCCAAAAGAAAUAAUACAAGUGAAGAGUUGUGGUUACCGUUGGGUAUGUAAGGAAGAUCUGGAACAAUUAAACUCAACAAUGAUGUAUAGUGCCAAUUCUUCAACUCAGAAUAAGAAGGGCAAGUUUUUGGCAAUUCAAUGAAAAUGUUGUAUCUGUAUUUUCUCUAUACUUCUGCUUGUAUCAUAUAUUCGUAUUAA